GGGGAGGGGUGUCGAGUUUUGCUUGGUUCUGACUCUAAUGGGUCCAUUCAAAGCCAGAGAAAAACAGUGCCAUGCAUUUUUAAUCGGGCGGUUUCUGAGGUCGCCUUCUCGAUUCUAAGGAUGUAAAUGAUGAUGUGCAAUCUGUGGGCGAUAGAAAGAAAAAGUCAUUACCUCACGACAGGAAGACUGUGAUUUUAUUACAUUGAUCUGUAAUUCAGUCAUUUCCAAUAAGUGAUGCAAGACACAGCACCAAAACUCACUAACCGCUCUGUGCAGCCUGCGGGGGCUCGCUCGGGAUAAUCGCCGAAAAAUGAGUAGAAACCAAACAUCUAAAUCAACAGAUCAUUCUCUGGGCUGGACUUGAACGGACAGCACCGAAUAGCCCCUCCGCUGGUCAUCUAAAGCUGAAACAUGAGUCUGAGGACGUGCCUGGGUGUUAUGUCUGGGCUGGUGAGUUUCUCCUGUGAAGCUGUGCAGAGCUGUGGAGAGUUGCGAUGCGUUGAUGGUCAGCGAUGCUGCACGUCCAAGGAGAACGUCACAGCCUUCCAGUGCUGCAAACUCCCUCCGCACACUUUCCUGGAAAACCUGCACUGGAUGGUCCGCAAGCUUUCGGGUCUCUUGAUUCUGCUGCUGCUCUUCGUGGUGGGUUACUUCAUUCAGCGGGUGGCGUGUCCGCGUCCCCGCCGCCAAACACCCGAGGAGCCGUCGCUUCUGCACGGACACGCGUCCCAGGACUCCCUGACGGGAGACUUUAGCUCACCGGUACUGCUGCUCCCCACAUACGAGGAGGUGAAAUAUCUGCCAACAUAUGAGGAGAUCAUGACGGAGGUGAUUGAAAACUCAAUAACAGGAGCGUCUGAGGAGGACGGUCGAGCGAUCUCCAACACAUCUAGAAGAGCCCGCAACUCUCUUUAACACACACACGCGCGCGCUCAGAUUUUCGUGUUGGAAUAGUUCACGAUGAGCACUUUCUUACAUGAAGACUUUAGUCCGACUGUUUCAUAAGCCCUUCUGGACAGUUCUGACCUGGAAUUCAAUCUCCAAUCGUCUUGUUGUGAGUCAAUUCUGUGCGCAAAUAUUAUUCUAAACAGUGAAUUUUUCUCUUUGAAAUCUUUCAUUAUAAUCUCUUUCUCCUCGUCUAAAAAUAACCUUUCAUCGGCUGACAUUUCUUAACUCCUCCCCUGCUGCCAGCGGUCGAUACAGACUUAUUUUCACCAUCCAAAGAGAAACCAGAGGAGCAAGCUUUUUGUCAAAAAUGUCUCGGGUAUUGAUGUGAAAGGUUCAUUUUGUUAACAUGAAAAUGUUAAUUCUGCAUCAUAUGAAGUGUUUGUUUAUUCUGUAAAUAAGCGACAAUGUUUC